ACGGCUUAUCUUUUACUUGAAACACACACACACACUCACUCUCUCUCUCUCUCUCUCUCUCUCUCUCUCAAUUUUCAAUGGCACUCUCUCUUCCCAUUUCCAGUUUGGAAAGUGACAUUAAAACCAAAAAUUCAGGAUGCCCAGAAAGUGAAAUCGGAAGUCAAGGCCUGAGAAAGCAGAUUCUCAAGAAAGGCAAUUCAUGGCAGACUCCAUUUACAGGGGACGAAGUGGAAGUUCAUUUUAGCGGACGCGUCGAGGGCGGGGCUUGUCUGGAUUCGAAUGUAGAUAAAGGAACUCCAUUUCGGUUCAAACUAGGCCAAAGUGAAGUCAUAAAAGGAUUGGAUGAAGGGGUUGCCACUAUGAAGAAGGGUGAGAGAGCACUAUUCAUAAUACCACCAAACUUGGCCUAUGGUGAACUCGGCUUUCCACCCCUGAUUCCUCCCAAUUCAACUCUCAUUUUUUAUGUUGAAAUGCUCUCUUGGACCUCCAUCAGGGACGUAACUGGUGAUGGAGGAAUACUAAAGAAGAUAACCAGGGAGGGUGAGGGAUGGGCGACUCCAAGAGAAGCUGAUGAAGUGUUAGUGAAGUAUGAGGCACGACUUGAGAAUGCAGCACUUGUCUCCAAGUCUGAUGAAGGUGUGGAGUUUAAUGUAAGUGAUGGUUAUCUUUGCCCUGCCAUAAGCAAAGCAGUGAAAACAAUGAGAAGGGGUGAGAAAGCAGAGCUAGCUGUGAAGUUUUCAUAUGGUAUUAGACAAAAUGAAAAUGGAGCUACAGACACUGAUGAUGUUCCUUCCGAUUCUAAUUUAACCAUCAAACUUGAACUUGUGUCCUGGAAAAGUGUCGUUGAUGUCACCGGAGAUAAGAAGGUCCUUAAAAGGAUCACAAAAGUUGGUGAAGGCUUCGACCGUCCAAAUGAAGGAUCCGUGGUGAAAGUGAUAUACUAUGGUAAAUUGAAAGAUGGAACAGUUUUUGAGAGGAAGGGGUCAAAUGAAGAACCUUUUGAGUUUACAACCCUAGAAGAACAGAUAAAUGAGGGUUUAGACAGAGCAAUCAUGACUAUGAAAAAAGGAGAACAAGCCCUAGUCACUGUCACCAGAGGAUAUUUGCAUAGCAAUGACAUUUCAGGGAUGGCAAAUGAAGACCUUUUUUAUGAAGUCGAAUUGAUUGACUUCAUUAAGGAGAAACCAUUUUGGAAGAUGGACACUAAAGAGAAAAUAGAAGCAUGUGAGAGGAAGAAAAAUGAUGGAAAUGUGCUGUUUAAGGCCGGGAAGUUUUGGCUUGCUUCCAGAAAAUAUGAGAAGGCUGCAACAUAUGUAGAGUUUGACCACUCUUUCACUGAUGAUGAGAAGUCCAUAGCAAAGGCCCUAUGGUUUUCAAGUAAUUUGAACAGUGCAGCUUGUAAACUUAAAUUGGGGGACUAUCUUGAAGCUUCAACACUAUGCACAAAGGUCCUAAAACAUGAUCCAUGCAAUGUCAAAGCUCUAUAUAGACGAUCCCAAGCAUAUCUAAAAAUAUCUGAGCUAGACAAAGCCGAGGAUGAUAUUAAGAGAGCUCUAACUAGUGAUCCAAAUAAUAGAGAUGUGAAACUCGUGUACAAGGAGCUUAAAGAUAAGCAAAGGGAAUAUGCUAGAUAUCAAACUGAGAUUUUCAGCACAAUGCUUUCAAGAAUGGGAUAGUUGAAAAGUAUUCCAGUUCUUCUCUACUAGCAAAGCUUCACUAAUACUGGAAUCAUAUGGGAUUAAUUUCUUUGAUUUGGCACCAAUUUGUUCUCAAGUGGUGGCCCAUUGUAUGGAAACCAGCCUUGUAUUGUUUAAUUCAUGAUAUUAAAAGUUUUUUUUUUUUUUG